AUGAGUAUCGAGGAAGUCGGACUCGACGACUCGGACUAUCCCGAUUUGCGCGGCUGGAGAUUCAGUGUGGGAAACCCAGGGCAGCUACACGCGUCGAACCCGCCCGUGGUCGCCCGGAGCCUGUUGGAGGUAAGUAGUGCUAGUAGGCACGUGGCGACCCGUUUCCUCGACCAGCCCCCAGAGACCAUAAACCCGCCUUGCUUCACUGACGCGCUGACGGGGCUCGGCCUUUCACUUACGUCCGACAUCUUUUGGCUCCUUGAUGAUUUUCCGCGGUUGGUUAAUAUUUAUUGGGACCUUCCCUCCCUUAGAAAGGGGCCUCGUGAGGAGGCGAAAAUGCAUUCGGUCGUGAUCAGCCUCCAUGCGUUCGAGCAGGCUUUGCACUGGAGGGAGAAGAACCAGAUGACUGGUGAGUACGUCAACGGGCCGAAUGUGGGGCGGAACUCUUUACUGCGAGAGUUCUUUUUCCGCUUCCCUGUCAUGAAGAACUUAAUCGUAAUGGUCGACGCCCCUCGAGACCACGUUGCCUUGGAUCAGAUCCAAAUCAUCAGGCCGGAUGAUCCUACAGCGUACGAAAUAAGCGACGAGGAUGGGCCGGCCAGGUGCCAUUCCGCCUUUGAGAAGUACGUGGCGCUACAAAGUGAGUGCAUAAAGCUGGCCACCAGCGAGCGAGAACUCCACGAGGCGAUUUUAAGGAUGCAGCAUGGAGAGAUGGGAUCCGACUUCAGCGAUGAUGACGACGAGCUUUCUCGUGGUCCGGAGUAUAGGUGGCUCCAACCGUGGCCAGAGCUAUCUUUUGCCUUUUUGAAGCCAUGA